GGCGAGGCAGAAGCUCAGCAGCAGGCGGAGGCGGAGAGCAGGUGUGCCUUGGUCUUCGCCAGGAUGUCUCUGCAGGCUGAUUUUGACAAGGCCACCAAAGACGUGAGGAAGCUGAAGGCGAGACCCAGCGAUGAAGAACUGAAAGCACUCUAUGGGCUGUACAAGCAAGCCAUCAUUGGCGACGUGAAUAUUGCCUGUCCAGCAAUGUUAGACUUAAAAGGCAAGGCCAAGUGGGAAGCAUGGAGCCUCCAAAAAGGAUUGUCGAAGGAUGAUGCCAUGAGUGCCUACAUUUCUAAAGCUAAUGAGCUGAUUGAAAAAUACGGGGUUUAGAAUUCAGCAGGUGAG